ACAAAACCCCGGGGAUGCUCUAAUCCGACCGGAAUCCGACAUACAACGGCCGCAAAUAAAAUCUAUCUGCUCGUAAAAUUAAUAUAGAGCAGCAACAAUCGCCCACCACCAUGAUCGAGCACAAGGAGGAGGAUUGGUGUCUCCGGCGAGGGCAGUACCUCGGAGAAAUCUCUGCACUGUGUUUUCUUCAUCUUCCUCCUCACCUCUCUUCUCUUCCGUAUCUUCUAGCCGGAACUGGAUCGCAAAUUCUUGUCUACGAUUUAGCCAGCGGGCUCAUUAUACGAUCCUUUGAAGUUUUCGAUGGAGUUCGAGUUCAUGGAAUUUCUUUGGGGCCUUUCAGUGAUCACUCCUCUGAUUCCACUACUGUCACCUUCAAGAUUGCUGUUUUCGGCGAGAGAAGAGUUAAAUUAUUCAGCUUGCUAAUAAAUUCACUUGCUCACCCACGGGAAUCUCUUCAUUUGUCAUUAACUCUAAUGCAGUCGCUGCCAAGACUUGGCCACUGGGUCUUGGACGUUGCCUUCUUCCAUGGGAACCAGUGGCUUGCAAUUGGAUGCAGUGACAAUUCUGUUUAUUUCUGGGACAUGUUGAGAUGUAAGGUGCUUUCUCAAGUAAGCUGUUCAGAGAGGUGCCUGUUAUACUCUAUGCGUAUCUGGGGAAAUGAAGUUGAUUCUCUCCGUGUUGCCUCGGGUACAAUUUUUAAUGAGGUUAUUGUCUGGAAAUUGGAUAGCACAAAUGAUGUUCCUGCGUUUGGAAGUCCUGCUGUGGAUAAUGUAAACCUGACGAAUGAAAAGGGCAAUCAUCUUCCUAUUCAGCCAUAUACAGCUAUUAAUUUAUUCCGGCUGAUUGGACAUGAAGGUUCAAUUUUUCGCCUUGCUUGGUCACCUGAUGGGUCAAAAAUAGUAUCUGUUUCUGAUGAUCGGAGUGCUCGUGUUUGGAUACUUGAUGAGAGCAAAUGCCUUCAGUUCUCUGUGGAGGGUCCUAAUCAAUCUGUCAGCUCUGUUCUAUUUGGUCACACUGCCAGGGUUUGGGAUUGCUGUAUAUUUGACCAUUUGAUUGUUACUGCUGGCGAGGACUGCACAUGUCGAAUAUGGGGACUGGAUGGUGCACAACUUAAUUUGAUCAAAGAGCACAUUGGGAGAGGGGUAUGGCGGUGUGCCUAUCAUCCUGAUUUUUCACUGCUUGUUACUGCGGGGUUUGAUUCUGCCAUAAAGGUUCACCAGCUGCAGACUUCUCCUGAAUUUUUGGGCAAAAUUUUUGGGGCACAAGAGUUGUCAACUUAUGAAAAGGAGGCCUUUAAACUUUCUAUUCCAAAUUCCACAGAGCAUGUUGGCCACAUGGAUAGCAAGAGUGAAUAUGUUCGGUGUUUGCAUUUCUCAUGUGAAGAUUCUCUUUAUAUUGCCACAAACAAUGGCUAUGUAUACCAUGCUAAAUUAUGUCAUACAGGAAAUGCUAGUUGGACUAAACUUCUACACAUUGGGGAGGAUGCACCAAUCGUUUGUAUGGACAUGUUAUCAAACCGGUCUGAUCCCUCUUGUGGAAUUGACGAUUGGGUUGCAGUUGGAGAUGGUAAAGGUAGAAUGAUGAUUGCCCACCUUGCUGGUGAUGUUUGUAGUCCUAAAGUUGAGUGCUCGUUCACUUGGUCUGCUGAAAUUGAGCGGCAGCUUUUAGGAACUUAUUGGUCCAACUCACUGGGGUAUAGGUUCAUCUUCACUGUGGAUCCUAGAGGGAGGUUGAAGCUCUGGAGGCUAUGGAACCCUCAGUCAUCUGUUUCUCAUGUAGAGGCUGAUUAUCGUCCAGAAUUGGUAUCUGAAUUUGUCUCUUGUGUCGGGAUGCGGAUAAUUUGCUUGGAUGCAUCACUUGAGGAUGAGGUGCUAGUGUGUGGGGACAUCCGUGGAAAUGUUUUGCUGUUUCCUUUGAAAAAGAAUCUACUAUAUAACUCACCUAUAACUUUAGAAGAGGAUGUAUCUCCACUGGCUUUUUUCAAAGGAGCUCAUGGAAUAUCAACAGUUUGUAGUGUUUCAAUUGUUGGCUCUAGUCCAAGUCAACUUGAUAUACAUUCUACUGGAGGAGAUGGAUGCAUAUGCUACUUUGAAUAUGAUAGAAAUCAAAAGAAUUUAGAAUUCACAGGAAUCAAGCAAGUGAAAGAACUAAGCACUGUACAAUCAGUCUACUCCAAUGCUGACUACAAUAACAAAUUGCCAAGUGGUAGCUAUGCUAUAGGUUUUGCAUCGUCAGAGUUUAUAAUAUGGAAUUUAAGUUCUGAAAGAAAGGUUGUACAAAUAUUAUGUGGUGGAUGGCGGCGUCCUCAUUCAUAUUAUCUUGGUCAUUCUCCUGAGAUGAAGAAUUGCUUUGCAUUUGUGAAGGAUGGAAUCAUUUAUAUUCAUAGGUACUGGGUGGAAGAGAAUGACAGGGAGAUGUACCCAAAAAAUUUGCAUUUGCAGUUCCAUGGGAGGGAGAUACAUUCCUUAAGUUUCAUUCAUCCGGAUCCAUCAUACAGUCCAAAUGGGAAACAGAGUUACAUUUCUGAAUCUAGCUGGAUUGCAACAGGUUGUGAAGAUGGAACUGUGCGACUGACAAGGUAUGAAGCAGAAACUGAGAGUUGGUUAACUUCCAUGCUACUUGGAGAACAUGUUGGUGGAUCGGCUGUGAGAUCAAUAUGCUCUCUUUCGAAGAUUCAUAGAAUAAUGCUGAAGGCAACUGAUAAGUCGGAAAGGGUGCAACAACAAAUGGGAAACUUGGAAGACCAAGAAAAUCUUUUAUUACUGAUAUCAGUAGGUGCAAAAAGGGUAAUUACCGCAUGGAAACAAAAAAUUAGGUCAAUAGACCAAAGGAUAGAAUCCCAGUACUGCAAACAUGAUAACAGAGAUGGAAGUACAUCUCAUGGUUCAUCAUCCAAAAAAUUCUCACCUCCGUUAUUCCAGUGGCUUUCUAGUGAUAUGCCUACUAGAAAUAACAAUGGCAUACGUGAAAACAUUCCGAAGAUAAUUGGAGCAGUAAAAAAUGACCAACCAUUUCCAUCAAAAGACAGUCAGAUAGAAUCAAAAUCUUACCUUCUAGAUAGAUCUGAAAAUGAUUGGAGAUAUCUGGCAGUUACUGCAUUCCUUGCUAAAGGAUCAGACUCAAGGACCACGGUUUGCUUCAUAGUUGUUGCCUCUUCAGAUGCUACACUUUCAUUACGGGCUCUGAUAUUACCGCAUCGACUCUGGUUUGAUGUUGCUCUGCUGACUCCCUUAUCAUCUCCAGUUCUAGCUUUGCAGCACAUCAUUGUUCCCAGGCAUUUGCUAUCUGAAGAGAACAUUCAGAUUGGAGAUCUUUAUAUGGUAAUUAGUGGAUCAACAGAUGGAAGUAUUGCACUUUGGGAUCUCACUGAUCAUGUUGAAAACUUUAUGCAACUAUUAUCAACCCUUGAAAUGGAAAAGGGUAUAGAUAACCAGAAAAGACCGCGCACAGGUAGAGGAAGUCAAGGUGGACGAUGGUGGAGAUCUCUUGGUAGUCAUGCCUCCAAGAAAAGACCAGGUGGUGAGCAGUUGAGUGAUCCUUCUUUGAGAGAAAAAGGGGAAAACAGUUCAUCUUUAACAACAAAAAAGGCAAACGACGCAUCUUUACAAAAUUAUGAUGCAGAUUGUCUAGCUGGAUGUUUCCAUACUAAGCAAAGUAGGCAUGUUUCUUCUGAAGGUAAUCAUAACGCAUCACUCCAUAGAAAAGAGAAAACAGAUGUCUCAUCCCUGGAUAUAUGUGAAAUAGGCCCCUUGCAUGUCUUUAACGAUAUGCACCAGUCAGGUGUAAACUGUCUUCAUGUUUCACAUGUCAACAAGCCAACAGCUUCAGAUUCAACGUUUAAGUUUUGUGUUUUAAGUGGAGGUGAUGAUCAGUCACUUAACUGUCUUACAUUUGUUUUCACUACCACCCAAAAUUUGGAACUUCUUAAUUUGGAGGCAGAUAUCUCCCCAUCAAGAAAUAUGGAAAAUAGCAUUUAUUAUUGUCAAAUCCAUAACCAUCAGAUGAGGCUUUUAUCUGUUGAUAAGAUCAGCUCAGCUCACUCGUCUGCUGUCAAAGGUGUUUGGACAGAUGGUAGAUGGGUAUUCUCCACUGGCCUUGAUCAGCGUGUCAGAUGUUGGAAUAUUGAACAAGGGAAACUUAUUGAGCGUGCUCAUCUAGUCAUCAGUGUGCCAGAGCCUGAGGCGUUGGAUGCUAGACCUUGUGACAGGGACCGCUAUCAGAUUGCAGUUGCUGGCAGAGGCAUGCAAAUGGUCGAGUUCUAUGCACCUGGCAAAAUGAAUUGCGGAAAGUAAUGCAUUUUCCCCAACCCUCCCAUGCACCAUGUGAAGUUAUGGCGCCAUAUUUUGAACAUCAAAGGUAAGUUGCUGCACAUACAAGCUUAAGAGGAGCCAUUACCAAACCCCACCCCACAAUGUUUUAUACGGAUCGAGUACAUGUUUACAUGAGAAAUGUUAAGAAUAACAAUUUCGAAAGAAGUUCAUACUACUGAGAGGUACAAUUCAACUGGUCGAUCAAGUGGACAGGGAUUCAUUAGUGUGUAUUAAGAUGGUGAUUAACUUCACACUAGCAAAGCUAAUGUGAUUAUGAUGAUGAGGAGGAGGCGGCUUAUUGAGUGGGCAGGUGGAACUGGAAUUAAUCACUGGCGGGUAGCUAAAAUGUUUACUUGCAGGACAGGAUGAACAAGUAGAUGAGUGAUUUUCCCUGUUACAUUCACUAUUGUUAGCAUCUACUACUUCCAAAGUUUUGUAAUUUUUCACCUAUUUCUCUUACAUCUCAAAAACAGAAUACCAAUUUUAACAAUAAACUUUUCUAUCA